CAAUGAGCAGAUAGGGGAGUUGAUGGAUCACCUGGACUAGGAGCAUGACAGUGAAGAUGAGGGAAUGGAAGAUUAUAAGAUAGGAGGAUAUCACCCAGUUCAUAUUGGGGAAGUGUUGCUGAAUCGUUAUGUAGUCAUUCAGAAAUUAGGUUGGGGACAUUUCUCAACUGUGUGGUUGGCAAAGGAUUUCAAAUAUGACACACAUGUGGCGCUAAAAAUUCAGAAGAGUGCAUCACACUACUUGGAAGCAGCUUACGACGAGGUGGAAAUCCUAUAAAAAGUGGCAUAGAAUGUGUAAAAUCCUGUUUGGAUAUAAUCAUUAAAAGAAUAUUAUGCAGAAGAAGGACGUACUCAUUUCAAUAGAGACGAUACUCAUACUGUGCAAUUAUUGAAUUCGUUUGUCUACAAAGGACCUUAUGGCCAUCAUUUUUGUAUGGUUUUCGAGAUUUUGGGAGUGAAUCUAUUAGAGAUAAUAAAAAGAUACAAUUACAAAGGAUGUCCAAUAGAUAUUGUGAGAAGAAUGGCAAAGCAGAUAUUGAUUGGGUUGGAUUACCUACAUAGAAUUUGUGGAGUCAUUCACACUGAUUUGAAGCCAGAGAAUGUGUUGCUAUGUUUAUCGGACGAGGAAAUAAAAGAUAUAGUGGAGAAUGGGCAAUUGACAUCAAAUCAACUGUUUUCAGAUAGAAUUCACAUAUAUCGAAAGAUGUUGGGUAUUGUAAAAGAUGAGUAGAAGAAGGAAGAGGAGGAAGAUCAUGAGGAUGAAGAGGAGACAUAGAUGAGUAAGACUCAGAGAAGGAAGUAGCAGAGAAAGAAGAAGAAGAAGUAAGGACCUGUGAAGUAGGAGGAGGAAGAGAUGCCUAAAUCAAUUAAGGAUUUGUUCAAAUAGGAUAAUCAAAAAAAGAUAUCAUUCAAGACUUAGAAGGCAUUGCCUGGCAAUUUCAGAGUGAAGAUAGCAGAUUUGGGAAAUGCAUGUUGGAUUCAUCAUCAUUUCUCCACAUUGAUUUAAACUAGACAAUACAGAUCUCCAGAAGUCUUAUUGGGAAUUAAGUACAAUCCAACAGCUGACAUAUGGAGUUUUGCAUGCAUGAUAUUUGAAAUGCUUACAGGAGAUUAUUUGUUUGAACCUAGACAAGGGCCAAAUUUCUCUAAGAAUGAAGAUCAUUUAGCUUAAAUCUAAGAACUAUUAGGCAAGUUUCCGUAUGAGUAUGGAACAAGAGGAGCUAAGGCUAAACGUUACUUUUCUCAGAGUGGAGUGAUGAAGAGAAUUCAGCAAUUGCAUUUCUGGAAUCUAUAUAAUGUGUUGACUGAAAAAUACAGAUUCAAAUUACACGAGGCUUUGUCAUUCUGUUCGUUUAUGUUGCCAAUGUUGCAUCAGAUGCCAGAGUAUCGUACCACUGCUCAGGAAACACUGAAGAGAGAGUUAUGCUUUAAUGCCAGUAGCGAAUAUGCCUUGAAACGCUAUAUCGAUAUGGUGUUUCAGUUCUAGAAUUUCAGGGAAUGCAUUCCCCCUUCAGGAUGGUUCAAAUAGAGGACUGAUGAGAAGAUUGGACAUAAGAUGAGUGAGGAGGAAUACAAGAAAUUCACUGCUCAUAAGAAGAUUAAUUCAGAGUAGGAGGAAUUGGAAUAGGGUUAGAUUUGUGAAGGGAUUCAACCCACUCUACUGAUUAAUUAUAGAAGAGCAUCUACCAGAUCUUAUGAGGGAUCGACAUCAUUGACUCCUGAAGUAGAGGUUGUACCAAAGAAAUAAGGGAAGUACGUUGACCAUAGGUUGAUUGAUAGAUCAUUCACUGAUUUGGGAUAUAUAGGGUAUGGAGAAGGAAUUAAUUUGGAAUAAUUAGAUAGUACAGGAAAUUGGUAAUUUAGUUGAGUAUUAAAAUACAUAUAUUGAUUUGAAAGAUUAUUAAUUAUUU